AUGUCUAUCGCCGACCUUGUUCUCACUCCCUACGCUAUUCCAGUUGCCCUGGUGCUCUUCUGGCUCGUCCCAUACCUCACAUCCAACACAUCACUCCGAGAUGUACCAGGUCCCUUCGCAGCAAAGUUCUCGAAUCUAUGGUUGUUGCUGCAAGCUCGGCAGGGAAAGCGAUAUCUGAGCGUCAAUGACGCACAUGCGAAGUAUGGAAAGCUGGUCAGGAUCCAGCCGGAUCAUGUCAGUGUCGCGGAUGAGUCUGCGAUUCAGGAUAUCUAUGGGCAUGGGAAUGGGUUCUUGAAGUCAGAAUUCUACGAUGCCUUCGUGUCCAUCCAAAGAGGACUCUUCAACACCAGAGACCGAGCUGAACAUACCCGCAAGCGGAAGACUAUCUCGCAUACCUUCUCCACUAAGAGCAUCGGCCAAUUCGAGAAGUACAUGCACCAGAACCUCGAGCUCUUCGUCCAGCAAUGGGAUAAGCUAGCAACCAACGCUCACGGCGGCUUUGCCAAGAUCGAUGCUCUACACUGGUAUAAUUACCUCGCCUUUGACAUGAUUGGGGAUUUGGCAUUCGGUCAGCCAUUUGGAAUGCUAGAAAAGGGAAAGGACAUCACAGAAAUCCGGAAGUCGCCCGAUGCGCCUGUUUCCUAUGCCCCCGCAGUCGAAGUCCUCAACCGCCGCGGUGAAGUCUCUGGAACCCUAGGAUGUCUUCCACAACUGAAGCCCUACGCAAAAUACCUGCCCGACCCAUUCUUCAGCCAAGGUCUCGCAGCCGUAGAGAACCUCGCCGGCAUAGCCGUUGCUCGGGUCAGCCAGCGCCUGGAAGGCAAGCAAGACGCCGACCGGGUUGACCUCCUCGCCCGCCUCAUGGAAGGCAAGGACGAGAACGGCGAGAAACUCGGCCGCGCAGAACUCACUGCUGAGGCACUCACCCAGCUCAUCGCCGGCUCAGACACCACGUCUAACACCUCCUGCGCCAUCCUCUACUGGGUAUUAUCCACGCCUGGCGUGCUCGAGAAGCUCCGCAAGGAGCUCGAUGAGGCGAUCCCAGAGACUAUGGAUGUCCCGACUUUUGAACUGGUCAAGGAUCUCAAAUACAUGCAGAACGUCAUCAAUGAAACGCUCCGUAUCCACUCUACCUCCUCUCUUGGCCUUCCCCGCGUCGUGCCCCCAGGAGCAGGUGUCGAGAUCCUCGGACAGCAUUUCCCGCCCUAUACUGUUCUCUCCGUCCCAGCAUAUACGAUCCACCACUCCAAGGAAAUCUGGGGAUCAAAUGCUGAUGAGUUUGUGCCCGAUCGCUGGAAUGAUUUGACGGAGAGGCAGAAGAAUGGGUUUAUUCCUUUUAGUUAUGGGCCGAGGAGUUGUGUAGGAAGGAAUGUUGCUGAGAUGGAGUUGGCGCUUAUUGUGGCGACGACGUUUAGGAGGUAUGAGUUUGAGUUGUAUCAGAAGACGCUGGAGACGAGGGAGGGGUUCUUGAGGAAGCCGGUGGAGUGUAUGGUGGGGAUUAAGCAGAGGAAGAAUAUUUAA